CUCUCCUUAAUUUGUUGCAUUUUUAUUGUUUCUGUUUAAUUAAUUAUAUUAGUUUGAGAAUGGAUAUCUGGUGCAGGUACAUCCAUCCAUCCAUCGAUAUGGCUGAUGUAAGAGGAAGCAGUGGUACAUGCAAUGAGAGGUGUGGUUGUCCUUGUCCGUGCCCGGGUGGAACGUCUUGCAGGUGCGCAUCGUCUGAUGCAAAUAUGGAGCACAAGAGGUGCUCAUGCGGAGAGCACUGUGGAUGCAAUCCUUGCACAUGUUCAAAGAGUGAAGGCACAACCGCCGCUGCUGGAAAGUCUAACUGCAAGUGCGGUCCUGGCUGCGCCUGUCCCACCUGUGCCGCUUAGUUACUCCCUGGAUCUUCAUUAGCAGAGCGAGUUUCUAUUGAAUAUAAUUGUGGUCACCCUGAAAGUGCGAACCUAUGUGUAAUUUAAUUGUUCGUUUGUGCAAGUACUAGUAUCUAAUGAAUAUGUUCCCAAUCAAAGUAAACUUGGGUACCAUUUUCCAACUUUAAUUUUGAGACGGAGACACGUUCGCUCCAAAUUAUUUUUAAUUA